AUGUCGGACCCCACACGAGCCCCAACAGCGAUUCUUGCGGAAUUCGCGGCGCACGAAGAAGGUGAGAUGGCGUUCCCAGUGUUCAGUGUUAAUGCCAUCCCAUCAUGGCAUACGAGGGUGGUGGGCGACGGGGGGCCGUUUGGGGCCGUGGUGGUGCGUGAGGGAGAGGUGGUAGCGGCGUGUCACAACAUGGUGCUCAGGAACACGGACCCCACUGCACAUGCUGAAGUCACGGCCGUCAGAGAGGCGUGCAGGAAACUAGGCCGCUACGACCUGUCAGACUGCGAGCUGUAUGCGUCGUGUGAGCCGUGCCCCAUGUGUUUCGGCGCCAUCCACCUCUCGAAGAUUAAGCGGCUGGUGUAUGGAGCUCAGGCAGAAGCAGCAUUGGCCAUUGGUUUCGACGAUUUUAUUGCGGACGCCAUUCGCGGCACGGCCUACUACCAGAAAGCGAGCCUGCAGAUCCACAAGGCGGAGGGACACGUGGCUGCUGCUGCAGAAGAGGUGUUUGAAAACACCAAGUCCAAGUUCCAAAUGUACUAA